AAUAAGAAGAAUGAGGCAGAGGAGAAGAAGAAGAAGGAGGAACGGAAACAACUCAGAGGAUGUGGUGAGCGCAGUCCUAUGAGCGCAGUGGGAGAUGGCAGCAGCUCCUGCUCGGGUUCUGCUCAGCUUCAGGUCAGCUCGCCGCUCCGUGGUUGCGACUGUUCGGACAGGACUUACCAGAGGGAUCCGGACGGGAUCCAGAGGGAUGCCUGCAGGGACGCUGGUGCGGGAUGGAGCCAACAGGAAGCCGGUGGUCUGCGUUGAGGGCAAUAUAGCCAGUGGCAAGACUACGUGUUUGGAGUAUUUCAGCAAGACUGCCAACAUAGAGGUCCUGACGGAACCCGUUUCCAAAUGGAGGGACGUCCGUGGACACAACCCUCUGGCGCUGAUGUACCAGGACCCUCAGCGCUGGGGUAUCACUCUGCAGACGUAUGUUCAGCUCACGAUGCUGGAUCGCCACCUGGCAGCCACUGCUGCCCCUGUCACCAUGAUGGAGAGGUCCAUCUUCAGUGCCAAGUACAUCUUCGUGGAGAAUCUCUUCCAGAGUGGAAAAAUGCCCGAGGUGGACUACGCGGUUCUGAGCGAGUGGUUUGAUUGGAUCACCACAAACAUUUCCCUCCCAGUCGAUCUGAUUGUUUACCUGCAGACAUCUCCUCACACGUGCCACGAGCGGUUGAAGCAGAGGUGCAGAGAGGAAGAGAAAGUCAUUCCACUGGAGUACCUGGAGUCCAUCCAUCAGCUGUAUGAGGACUGGCUCAUUAAGGGCGGCUCCUCUCCAGUUCCUGCUCCUGUUUUGGUGAUUCCUGCUGACCAUGACCUCCAGAGGAUGCUGCACAAGUACGAGGAGCACCGUGAGAAGAUCCUAACAGCGAGCCGUGCCUGAUGGCCCAGCACCCUGAAACACGUGCAGAGAAGAACGUAGAUCUGAUUAGACAAGCUUUAUGAGAAGUUUGUUACUGUAUCUUUAGCUGCUUUUCGCUAGUCUGUAGUUAAAUUUGGUUUGGUAUUUUUCUACAUGGGACAAUUUUGGACCAAUCUGCAUUAUGUACAUACCAGGACAUACCGGAUGGCCUCCCUGGUAAAGAUUAGCAAAUUACUUGGAAAUCUUUAACUUUAAUCUUUUAUUGCAGCAACAUAAUGUCACAUUGACAAGUAGAAAAACUACUUUUAAUCUGAAAUCAAAGAAUCCCUGGUGGAAUAACUAUUGCAACCCCUGCUGUUAAUACAGUGUUUUACUAACAGGACAGACUUUACCUUUAACCUUUCACCAGGUCAGCCCACAGCUUCUCUGCAGGAUUUAGUCAAUCUGUCUUAAUAUAGAGAGCACCUUUCAGCUAGAACAAGCUUGGCCAUCUGAUUGUCUGCAUCCUGUUGAAAGACCCAAUGAUGACCCAUUAUCAGUUUACUUGUGGAUUCCACCAGAUUAUUCUCUAGGGAGUUCAUGAUGGAUCCCCCACCACCCCCAUAGUGGGAAUAAUGUUUGUCCACAUACUCGCCCUUUGUUUCACACUAACCCCCCUUGGACAGUUUUAUGCUCUGUCUGAAUGUCCUCUGAUAGAAGCUCACAGUUCCCAUUAAGGUCUCUGCAGAAUGGAACAAAUGCCCCAUAUUUCUAUUUGUGGUGGUAGGAAUUUAUUUUUCUCCUUCACCUCAACAGCAGCUCAGCACAUGGAGCAGACUGGUCAUUAUGGAGACAUGGUAAACUUAAACGGCUGCUGCAAAGACUGGCAUCCCUACAGUGGUGCGUGUACCUGCCUCAGCUUCCUCAAGGUAAAAGAUAAACAGCCUGGUAGCUAAUACAGAGGGGUCCUGAUGUGUAAAUUAAACUCCAGGAAAGCCAUUGGGUGCUAGCUAGAGGUUCCAAGAAAUUCUAAAAAAACUCAGAAAGAAAAAAACAUAUCCAGUUAGAUAAAUGUUAAAGGGAUUGGUUCCAACAACUGUGCCACCACCGAGGUGGUUCAGCUUUUGUUUUCCCACAAUAUUAAUUUAGAGGUUAUGCUGUUAUAAAUAAGCAUGAAUCUAUUUUAAGAUCUUUUACGCGUCUUUAACAGACAAGCAGGCUAACUGUCAGUAUUAAAAUGUAUUUCUGGCAGUUCGGAUCAUUUUCAUUAACGUUUAUUACGAAAAACAUUUGCAGCCAAACGUCUUUUCUGUGUUCUGACCUGCAGAGUGGAAAACCUUGAGACGUGCUUCUAACCUCACAUUGUCAAACAUUUCACUGAAGUUUUUUUUUCUUAAAUAAAAUGUUUUGAAAAGCACAAAUAAA